AUGUUGUUACAACUAAGCAAUUAUGACCUAGAUGUCAUCUAUAUACCAGGCACCAAGAUUCCACUGGCCAACACGCUGUCUCGCAAACAUUUGCCAAACAGUUACCCACAGUACUCAAAGGGCAUGGACUCUCAUGUUCAUAGCAUCAUUAGUAGGGUACCCAUCACAAGCCGUAUGUUAGAUGAUAUUCACAUCGCAACUGCAAAUGACCAGGACCUCCAAACCUUAAUCAAGACCAUUCUGAAUGGCUGGCCUACUGAAAGGAAGUCGUGUGACUCCUCUCUUAUAGAAUUUUGGAACUACAGAGAUGAAUUGUCCUACAUAGAUGGACUUGUGCUAAAAGGUCAUAAGAUUCUUAUCCCAAGGUCACUCCGUAACCAAAUACUAGACAGCCUCCACAUAGGUCAUGCAGGCGUCGAGAAGACCCUCCGUAGAGCUUGUACUGUCCUAUUUUGGCCUGGUCUCCAUACUGAUGUACAAAAACUUGUAUCUAGUUGCCCGCAGUGUUUGUCUUAUAGAAAUUCAAACCCCAAAGAAUCCCUUAACCCCCACCCAACACCUGACUACCCGUGGCAAGUAGUUGCCACAGACUUGUUCCAAUGGGAUGAGAAGGAUUAUUUGAUUGUAGUAGAUUACUACAGCCGUUACUUUGAAGUGACCCACCUUAGUACAACCACUAAUAAAUUCAUUGUAAAGCAAAUGAAGUCAAUCUUCUCAAGAUUUGGCAUACCCAAAAAAGUAGUGUCUGACAACGGGCCCCAAUACAACUCCUCGGAAUUCACCAAUUUUGCUUCAGAUUAUGGGUUUAACCAUGAUACUUCCAGUCCAAAAUACCCUCAAUCAAAUGGAACAGCCGAAAGAACUGUCCAAACUAUCAAAAGAAUAUUUCAGUAG